CUUUAGUACGCCUAUGUUCAAAUUGACUGCGCGAAAGUCUGACCAAAACAUAAUACGACAAUUAGUAAUAACAAGUUUUGUUCGCUUAGAUGAACACAAGCAAUCAUAACAAUAAUAUUGAAGAAACGGAAAAAGCAGAUGCAGAGGAGGAGAUUGUUGAAGUUGUCCAACAAAACAACGUAAGUUAAAGACAGAGGGCCGAUAGUUUUAUUUUUCACAACUACUUCAGGUUAGGUCUAAACGCCCAUUUCCACUCAGGAAAAUUUUCCGCAGAAAGAAAAUUUUGUCGGAAAAUAAUUUUGAAGUUGAAAUUUUUCAACUUUUAACAAUGAUAUUUUCGGAAAAGUUUCUGUCCGUGGAAAUUUUUCUUGAGUGGAAAUGGCCUUAAUAAAUGUAUAAAAAUUCCACAAGAAAUUUCCGUCUACAAAAUAUCUUCAACAAUAAGUUAGUAUAGCCGGUCAGUAACUAAUGCAGCAGUAUAUUUUAGUUGUUCGUGCGGUGUGCCUAGAAUUACAAGGGUAAUUGUGUACUAGUUUGCAUGGCAACUUUCGUAAUUCAGAUUGACUUUUUUAACCUGAAUUUUAUCAUGUUAUUUCUCAGCAGGAGAUGAAGAAAUCGCCAUCAAAAACUAGUUUAAAGAAAGAUACAAAAGAUCGAAAAAAAUCUCCUGCUGUAAGUACAUACAGUCUUUUAAGCCUGGUUCACACUAGCAAUUUUGUCGGCGAUUUUGUAUUUCUGAUGGAUGCAAAUGAGUGAACUCGCACACAAAAGUAUAGAGUUGCUUUUCAGAAGUAGAACAUUCCAAGUCUUUUGCAUGUCAUUCAUUCAAUCGCAUUUGCCACGAGGAGAAAAAUCGCCGACAGAAUUGCUAGUGUUAACCAGGCUUUAAGCCCGCCGCACACGAGAGCAAGGCCAAAAAAAAAUAUGUGGGUUUCCGGUUUCUUCUUAUAAAAACGUAGGUAGGGUAGGUCGGUUUUAACUUUUUUUUUUAAAACUUUUUUUUUAAUUUUCCGAACAAGCGGACGCCAUUUUGUUUAGUGAGUGCUUCCACAUCCAAAGAUAAAUUUCCCUAAUAUUGCCUCAAAUUUCAAUUUUCCACAAACUUUUUCCUCUAAGUGGAAACACUUACAAGCAUGAUCCAAUAAAAAAGUUUAGGGUCGGGAUUUCGACGUCCAAAAGCUAGGUAGGGUCGGGGAACAGGAAACCCACAUAUUUUUUUUUGGCCCAAUUUGCUGAGCUAACCGCCUGGCGAGGCGAUUAGCUCAGCAAGAUGCUCUCGUGUGCGGAUAGUUUCCGUGAGGAUUUAACCUCUUGAGGAAAAUAUCUAUCGUGUUUGAUAUUUUUCGCCUCGCGAGGAAAAAAUCUCAGCGGCAUCUGCGGAUGUUGUGAGCUAAGUGCUGAGCUGUUUGAAUCAAUUAGCCAAUGACAAACCAUGGUUUCUUCAUGUGACUUGGAACAAAUUGGAGGAAAAUGCAAAUGAUUUUGUUAUUUAUGUUGUUGUUGAGUAGUUUUCUCCACGUGUGCGGUGAAAAUACACAGCUGAGCUAGCUGCCACGCGAGGCGGUUAGCUCAGCAAGUUGCUCUCGUGUGCGGCGGGCUUUAAUGUAUAGGGUGCGAUAAUUCAAUUUUUUUAGUUGUGCCUGACUGGUACUGCACUUACAACCUUGUGUCGUCAACAUUGUAAGCCUCGAGGUGUAUCUAGUCUUUAGAAUGAAACAUAAUGUACAUGUUUCUGAAAGGUAUUCAUUCAGUAACGUGACACUAGUAGAUUAUAGAUGCACAAACACUACGGUCGACUCUAACUCAUCAUAUCACUCCAAUCAUGUUUAAAUGCCAAGUCAUACUAGACUUGCUCAUAUUCCGACUAAAUUAUGGUUUUGAAUAACUUGGGCUUGGAAAGUUAAGCAGAUAACAAGAGUACCGCGUACCUACUUGGUACCGUACGUAACUGAAAAGACAGAAGUACCUCUGGUACGUAAGUACGCGAAUUGUCGCACCCUGAGUUGUAAGCUUGACUCGUAAUCUUAUUCAUCUUUUCAUGAGAAUGAAUAUUUUAUUAUCGCUUCUGAUAUCGUCUGUACGUAACAAGUUGUUAACAAGUUCGCAACAAGCUCGCAGCAAUGUAAAAACGCACAAGUUGUAACAAACCUGCAUGCAGCAGACUUGUAGCAAUGCUGUUCCAACAACUUGUCAUCAGGAUGUGUUCGCACUGCUUGUUCCCAGCUUGUUGACAACUUGACACAAAGUUGUUGAACUCAACAGACUUGUUACAAGUUGUUCCAACAACAACUUUGUCAAAAAGUUGUGAGUGAUAACCUUGUAGCAACUUGAUAAAAUAACACCAUUGUUACAACUUGUUGACAAGCUUGUUACAAGCCUGUUGUGGGCACAUCUUGUUGCCAAGUUGUGAGCACAUCUUUUUGACAACCAAGUUGUGAGAUUUUUACGUGUUGACUUCCUUCGUCUUCUCCAAAUAUUAUGACCAUCAAGGUUUACGAAUAAAAAAGUUUCGCAAAAGAUAUAAAUACCAGUAUAUGCUAAAAAAUAUUAGAGUCAUCGUCGUAUACAAACCAACAAGAACUUAAUAAUGAACGUUGUCGUGUUUUCAGCAAACGUCAUCACGGAUAGGGAAAUCAAGCUCGUCUUCACAGCUCAAUACAUCAUCCAAUCGUGAAAAUUCAGGCAAGAAAAAAACACCCAGUCAUACGCAGCGAACACACAGCUCUGCAACUCCAACCAACGCCAGUACUCGCACGACAAAACAGCGCAAAGAUAAAACUAGGUGACCUAGGUAGCCAUAUUGUAAAUAGAUAUAGUCAUGAGGUAGUUUUCCUUGACGAGAGACGUGUCUCUGUACAAACUGUUUGCCAUUUAUGGAG